CACACACUUACACACUUACACCUCAUAAGGGCUUUUGUUAACCUUUUCUACAUUACAAACGCUGCAACAGAAAAAUCAGAAAAAAGUUUUACAGCCAAGAUGCAUUCGACCAAGAUUAAAGAGGGCGAUGACAGGGAGGAGAUGGAGCUCAACCAAAUCUGGCGGGGAUGUCGUAAAAUUCAGGGUGCCAUUUUCCGUUAUAACUUCGACAUCUGUGCCGAGCUAAAGCAGCACGAUCCCAGCUGCAGCGGCUUCGUGUCCGAACCCAUUUUCACGGCCGUAUUGGGCAAAUAUCGCAAGGUGGCCGGCAUGUCGGAGUCUGAGCUCCGGGAUGUCACAGACUAUUUCCAAAUCCGAGAUGGACGGGUGGCGUAUCGCCAGUUUUGCAAAGUCGUCUGCAGCGAAACCCUACACAAAACUGCUAAAUCUGAUUUGGCUACGGGAUUGGAGUGGAACGAUCCCUGGCAUAUGAAUGUCAUUCCCCAACCGGAGGAUCGACGACGACUCUGCCUAAUCCUGGUCAAGAUUGCCCAGCAAGUUCACAUUCCGCUCAUGCCCUAUUUCCAGGACUAUGAACUGAUUGCCCAAAAUGUGGGAGUCGUGACUGUUGCUCACUUUUCCCGAGUGCUGCACUUCAUGAAGAUUCCUUUAUCCGAAUCGGACUUCCUGCUUCUCCUCAGGCGCUAUAUGAAGGAUGGAUACCUGGUUAACUACGUGGCUUUCCUCAAGCACAUAGAUAAUAUCAUAGCGUAUCUGGGCGAACAUCAUUUGCUGGAUAACUCGCAUGAUAUAAUCAGGAACUUCCCUGGACGACUGGUGGAACUAGAUCUUUCGCAGCUGCCGGCAAUCGAUGGCUGCAAGGUUGUGCAACCGAUCUUUCCGGAUGCCUGCAACUUCCCCAAGAAGAAUCGAAACCAGUGCGACAUUCUCUUCUGCAUUCAGAACUAUAUCUAUAAGAACCAAGUGCGAACCUCUGAAUUCCUCGAGAGCUAUGACUCUCUGAAUAUUGGCAGCAUCACCAAGAAUCAGUUUGAACGCGGUCUGUCCAACAUGGGAGUGGGAAAGUAUCUGACCCAAAGGGAAAUGGGUAUCCUGCUAGAUCGCUACACGGAUCCUGUGGACACCAAUCGCGUGCGCUGGCGUAAUUUCGCUGAUGAGAUCGAUACAGUUUUCACCAUAAAGAAUCUGGAGAAGAUGCCGCAGUGCGUUGUGGAAUCGCCGCUUCGUCACAUCCAAGAGUUGCCCAGACCAGGAGCAGUUCCAUGGGAGAUUGUGCCAGCGAAUAUUCGCGAUAUGUGUGAGGAUGCGAUGUCCAAGAUACGAAUUCGCAUCAAGAAUCGACGACUUUAUCUGCAUCCCUUCUUUAGGAGUUACGACAAACUCAACAGCGGUCAUGUGCGCUGCAACAUAACCAAGCAAAUAUUCCGCACCAAUGGAAUCCUCUUAUCCGAUCCUGAACAGGACUCUGUACUAAGACGCUAUGGCAAUGAACUCGGUUUCUGCUACACCAAGUUCCUGGAUGAUGUGGAUCCCGCGGAAUAUGCCAUGCCCUCGAUGGUCACCAAGCAGGAGCUUGUGGAGUGUCCGCCAUUCGCAAGAGACAAUUUGGAACCCGAGGAUGUCAGCGAGGAGGUCAUCGUACGCAUCCUAACAGAUUGCAAGAGACAGGCUGUGAUUAAGAGCGUUGCCGUCAUUGAGUUCAUGAAGGACUACGAUCGCCAUCGCGAAGGAGAGAUCCUCGAGUCGGACUUUAAGCGGGCUUUGGAUAACUCAAGUGUCAUUAUUAAGGAGAAUGAGGCCGACAUCUUGUGCAACAUUUUCCGUUCACCGCAUCGCGUUGCCUGCGUUCGCUACAAGGACUUCUGCAAGGCGCUCGACGAGAUCUUUAUUCAACUGGACACGAACAUGGGUGACCAGGUGGUCACAGCGGUGCCCCUGCUCCACCUGCCCAAUCUGGACUGUGUCGACUGCUUCCUGAGCUUCGAUGAGCGAACCAUUUGCUCGCAAGCUCUGAUGAAACUGGCUCGCAAACCUGAUGAGAUCUCCAACUUGAGCCAGGUGUUCAAGGACUUCGAUCGGGAACAGUGCGGCUCUAUCACGCAGAACCAGUUUCUGCGCGGCAUCACAGUGCGCGACAUGCAUGUAAUGCUGAGCAGCCGCGAAUUCCAGGCCAUCUGCAAGUGCUUCGGGGUGAAGAAGGGCAUGUGCAUGGAGUUCAACUACCGGGAGUUCCUCAAAAUCCUCGACCUUCUCUUCUCCACUGGACAAAUGAAGCGCAACUAUUAAGUGGUUUGAAAAACAUCCCCUCUCAAAAUUCUAAGUGUACCUUUUGUGAUCAACUAUUAAUGAUUAAUAUUAGACAAAUGAAAAACAAUUUGCGGA